AUGCCGCCACCUCACGAUAUUUCCACCCUCCGUUCAUACCUCGGAGCCGUAAAUUACUAUGGCAAAUACACUCCAGAGAUGCGCAAGUUACGGUUCCCUAUGGACACAUUGCUGAAAACGGGGGUCAAGUGGGAAUGGAGUGAUGCUUGUCAGAAAUCGUUCGAUAGAUUCAAGCAACUUUUACAAUCACCACUAGCACUCACCCACUACAACCCAGCUUUAGAGAUAGUGGUAUCAGCUGAUGCGUCAUCGAUCGGCAUUGGAGCACGAAUUGCACAUCAGUUUCCGGACGGAACAACAAAAGCAAUUUGCCAUGCUUCCCGGAGCCUCACAUCUGCCGAAACAAACUACAGCCAAAUCGAGAAAGAAGGCUUGGCUCUCAUCUUUGCUGUGACUCGAUUCCAUCGUAUGCUUUUUGGUCGGCACUUCAUCCUCGAGACUGACCGCAAACCGCUGUUGGUCAUUUUUGGGUCGAAAAAAGGCAUUCCAGUCUACACUGCAAAUAGACUCCAGCGAUGGGCCUUAACUCUUCUUUUAUAUGAUUUCACAAUCAAAUACAUCUCAACGGACAGUUUCGGGUACGCAGAUAUACUGUCACGGCUAAUCAACACCCAUAUCCGUCCCGAAGAAGAGUAUGUCAUAGCAUCAAUCGAAAUGGAGAAAUCUAUCGACAAUGUUAUUCAUCAAACGCUUGAGGUGAUCCCGCUUACUUUCAAAACGAUCCAAGCAGCAACAGAAGCAGAUCCACUCCUUAAGCAGGUGCAAAACUUCGUCCAUCAAGGAUGGCCGAAUAAAAAAACCGAAUUGAAAGAUCCACAUCAGCAGCAGUUCUUUUUGCGUCGUGACGGAUUAUCUAUCGUCUCCGGCUGCCUUACGUAUGGUGAGAGAUUGGUCAUACCAGCGAAACAUCACAAGCGAGUACUACAGUUGCUCCAUAAAGGUCAUCCCGGCGUAGAAAGAAUGCGGUCCAUCGCCAGAAAUAACGUUUACUGGCCUGGGAUCGACGACGACAUAACGCAGCUCGUUCGUUCUUGCGAUGAAUGCGCGAGUGUGGCAAAAACUAAUCCCAAAACCAAUUUGGCAUCCUGGCCAACGCCAGCAAAUCCUUGGCAAAGGGUGCAUAUGGAUUAUGCUGGUCCCAUCGACGGUUGGUACUUUCUGAUCCUGGUCGACGCCUUCAGCAAGUGGCCCGAAGUUGUUCCCACCAAACGCAUCACCACCGAGGCGACAUUGGCUAUACUGCGUGGCAUUUUCGCUAGGUUCGGCAUGCCAGAAACUCUUGUUAGUGACAAUGGUCGUCAGUUUGUCAGUGAACAAUUUGAACGUUUUUGCGACCAAAAUGGUAUCCAGCACCUGAAAACUCCACCCUUCCAUCCGCAGUCAAACGGACUCGCUGAACGUUUUGUGGACACGUUCAAACGAACCCUGAAAAAAAUCACAGUGGGGGGAGAAGCCUUUGCUGAAGCAAUUAACACCUUUUUGCUCGUCUACCGUUCCACUCCAUGUCGAAGUGCACCUGAAAACAAAACACCAGCUGCAUUAUUGUUAGGCAGGCCUAUGCGAACUUCGCUUGAUCUUCUUAAACCACCUGCGCCCUUCUACUACGAAGAAAAGCAACAAGAGCAGCAGUUUAACCGCAGGCAUGGUGCCAAAGCUAGGAGCUACGAUCGCAAGGAACUUGUUUGGACUAAAGUGUUCGAACACAACAAUUGGAAAUGGGAACCUGGAGAAGUUAUUGAACGUGUUGGCCGUGUCAUCUAUAACGUAUGGCUGACAGUAAAACAAAAUCUUGUCAGAUCACACUGUAAUCAAUUGAGGAAACGAUUCAAGAACGAUGAGGUUGAACACAAUGUGCAGAAACAAAAUCCUGAAAUUCCACUUGCAAUCCUGCUAGAAUCCUGGGGCCUAGGUUGUGCACCAGCUUAUCCGGAAAAUGUAAUAGUCGAACCCCAAAUCCAAUCAGUACCGGAAUCCAACCUUCCGACUAUUGAUGAACUCCAGCAAGUCGAUAGACCACGUCAACGGAUCCGCAGACCAACUCAUCUUCCAACACCAGUAGCUGAACCAUCCCUACUUCGCCACUCUUCGCGUACCAGAAGAGCUCCUGUGCGAUACGGACCGUAUCAGCUUUAUUGA